CCAUAUCAACAUGUCCAACGGGCAUAAGCACAUGGCUUUGCCUUCGGUGGUUAGUGGCAAAAAUUUCAGCUACAACUCAAAGCCUUUUGUAGCCUCUUGUAUAAAUAAUCCCCCUUCCAUUAGAUUUUUCAUCAACCACAAGCAAUAUCUAUCCAGCUAUCAAACGUCUCUAACUUUCUUGUUUCCAACCUUCAAGAGAAAAAACAAUGCUUAGUGGUAAGAAACUCAUCAAGAUGGAUAGGAAAUGGCAGAAGUUUGCAGCCAUGCAAAGGAAGAGGAUUUCACUUCCAAGAAAUGGAAACGAUGAGGACAGUUGUAGUGCGUCUUCAUCAAUUAUAGCCGGAAAAGGCCAGUUUGUAGUGUAUACAACUGAUCAAAAGCGCUUUGUGAUUCCCUUGGCUUAUCUGCAAAAUGAGGUCAUCUUGCAACUUUUAAACAUGUCUGAAGAAGAGUUCGGGUGUCCAAUUGGCGGCCCUAUUAUAUUGCCGUGUGAUUCAGAUUUCAUGGACUACAUCGUUUCACUGAUUAAAAAACACGCAACUGCUGAAGAUCUUCACAAAGCAUUGCUCCUCUUGAUUAGUUCAAGUUGCUCUUCAACUUCUUCUUUGCACCAAGAAUGGAGAAACCAGCAGCUCCUUGUUUAUUGAGUCAUGAUCAUUAUCUUUAGUAAAUGAUAUAUCAAAAUAGAUUGUAAAUAUAGGUAAUGGAAAGUGUGUAUACAGAUGGAAUCGAGCUUUAUCUUAAAUAUAACCAAUUUAAAGCUUU